AGCGAAAGUCAAGGAAGAGAUUUUCUUCGUCCCUACCCCUUCCCCUCCUCUGUAAAAGUGAGAGAAAAAUUUCUUAAAACUCGCUUCUAUUUCUAUCUGUCCGUCAUUUGCCGACCCCUCGCAUUCAUUCUUUGCUUCUUCCUUUUAUAUAUCAAGAGAUUCCCCCUUUUUCUCCUUUUUUUUUUUUUUUUCUUUCUCUUCCUUCUUUCUUCAUCUCUUCUACUUAAAACUCAGCUCAAGCCAAAACACAUCCCCCUUACUCAUAUACAGUGGCCAAUACAAAGGAAGUGUAACAAUUGUGGGUCCAUGUCGAGGAACUCUAUGAGUAACAACAACAAUGGCACCACCACCGACAUUGACAAACCCGAUUUCAGAGAACUGGAUCUAGGUUCUUUAACCCGACCAAAUGUAUUUACCAAUUCUACAAGUACUAGCUCCAGUUCAUCCGGAUCAAUCUCCGGUUACAAUGUUCCUAAAUCCAAUGACCUUUCCAGUUCAGUUGACAGCAGUUCACGCCGGUUUAAGCCGGGGCAUACUCGGUCAAGGUCUGACUCUUAUCCGUUAAUCUCCUCGGGGAGUAGUAGUUGUAGUAGAAGUUCAGUAUACUCCUCUGCUAUAUAUUCAUUUCCUACUGGGAACAUCUGCCCUUCGGGCAAAAUUUUGAAAGCAGCAGUUCCUGUUAAGUCUACUAAAACUGAUAUAUUUGGGUCGAGAAUUGGGAACUAUGGCCACGGAAGUAUAAUUCGUGGCGGUAUUGGGGCUGAUGGAGGAGGAGCUGCCAAUGCCAAUGCUGGGAAGGAAAAAAGUUAUUUACAGAAUCCGGAAGAGUUGAAGAGAAUAGGAAAUGAGAGUUAUAAGAAGGGUGAUUUUCCCGAGGCUUUAAGCUUUUAUGAAAAAGCUAUUGCGAUUUCGCCUGGAAAUGCUGCGUACCAUUGUAAUCGAGCAGCUGCAUUGAUGGGUAUGAAACGGGUUGUGGAGGCUGUGAAGGAAUGUGAGGAAGCUAUUAGGCUGGAUCCUUCCUACAUUCGGGCACAUCAACGGUUAGGAUCUUUGCUACUUAGUUUAGGACAGGUUGAAAAUGCCAGAAAUCAUAUGUGUAUCAUGGGGCAUCAGCCAGAUCAGGGUGAUUUGCUAAAGUUGCAGGCAGUGGAGAAACAUAUUGGAAAAUGCACUGAUGCCCGUAAGGUUGCUGAUUGGUGGAGUACAUUAAGAGAAGCUGAUGCAGCAAUUGCUUCUGGAGCUGAUGCAUCUCCUCAGCUACAUGCUUGUAGAGCGGAAGCUCUUUUAAAGCUACACCGAUUAGAGGAUGCUGAAUCGAGCCUAUCAAAUGCUCACAAGUUUGAAUCAUCUUCUUUGGGAUCCCAGUCAAAACUUUUUGGGAUGCUCUCUGAAGCAUACCUGCUCGUUGUUCAGUCUCAGCUGGAACUGGCUUUGGGAAGGUGUGAAAAUGCACUUACCACCAUUGAGAGUGCUGGACAGAUUGACCCUCGAAGUGUUGAAGUUUCAGUUUUAUUGAAGAAUGUGAGAUUGGUGGGACGAGCUCGUGCCCGUGGCAAUAAUUUAUUUAAAUCUGAGAGAUAUACUGAAGCUUGUGCGGCUUACGGGGAAGGUCUCAGGCUUGAUUUUUCAAAUGCAGUUCUAUACUGCAAUAGAGCAGCUUGCUGGUACAAACUCAGGCAGUGGGAGAAAUCAGUGGAUGAUUGCGAUCAAGCUCUCUGUAUUCAGCCAAAUUAUACUAAAGCCCUUCUUCGGAAGGCUGCCUCAAACGCCAAGCUAGAAAGAUGGGCUGAAGCUGUUAGAGAUUAUGAAGUUUUGAGGAAGGUGCUUCCAUAUGACAAUGAAGUUGCUGACUCAUUGUCCCAUGCCCAAGUUGCAUUAAAGAAAUCAUGUGGAGAAGAUAUUUACAAUAUGAAAUUUGCUGGGGAGGUGGAGUUAGUUUCAGGUCUAGAGCAGUUUCGAGCUGCAAUCUCAUCACCUGGUGCAUCUGCAGUAUAUUUUGAAGCAGCAUCCAACCUACAAUGCAAGCAGAUAUCUCCGAUUUUACACACAUUAAGCAGUAAAUAUCCUUCCAUAAAUUUUCUCAAGGUGGAUAUGGACGAAAGCCCGGCAGUUGCUUCUGCUGAGAAUGUCAGAGUUCUACCAACAUUUAAGAUUUACAAACAGGGCAGCUGCCUGAAGGAGGCGGUUUCUCCAAAUCCAGAGGAGUUGGAGUCCUUGGUGAGGCAUUACACUAGUUAAGAGUAUGAUUGCUAUGUAAUUUGCUUCUUCAUCUAUUUGCCCUCUCUGCUCUCCCCGCCUUAGAGGAUUGAUAUUGCCUGUGACAUGAAUCAGAGCGACCACGUAAUAAUCUCAUAGGAUCCAAAUCAAAUGCUGGCAUCCUUGAGUGAUGGUUUAGUCUCUUGAUUUCAUCCUUUUAAUUACUUAUUCAUUCCUCAUUGCCGCUGGCAUCCAACAUUUUUCGUUUCCUUUUUUUUUCUCCCUUCAAUUUCUUCCUAGUAUAAUCCUUCUUAUGUUUGAGGAGAACUAGUGAAUUAUGUCAAAUUUGUUUUUUGGCCAUAUAGCUGAACACUUAAAGAAGUGGCUUGGCUAGAUAGCUGGUUGUAGAUGAAGAUCUACACAAUCGAGACAACGGAAGGGAUAUUGGGCAUCAACAGUAUUGGACAUCGGGUGUGUCCUUAAUAGGUUAGCUGAAGGAUGAAAAUGUUGAUGAUAUUGAUAUUGAUUAUUUCUUUGAUAAAGUAUUCUAUCAAUAAAGUUAGUUUUCCCCCCCC